AUGAAAGAUGUCCAACUAUGGACUAUAGUCCAUGCAUCAGUUACGGGCUUCGCUGUAAUACCAAUCAUCUUGGUCGGCAUCCUCACAGUCACCUUGGCAAGACGUCGAGGUGAUCCAGCUCGCCGAGCUUUUGUUUGGUUAAAGGGCUGCUACCCGUUAUUGAUAGUUUCCCUCAGCUGUAUCAUUGCGGCUGAUUCUCUGAAUGCCAUCCUCAACUCCUGGCAAAAUGAUGCGGGAUAUUAUGAUACAACAAGUCACACUCACGACCAAAUCAGCAGCGUAAUAAGAUCCGAGCGAUAUCUCAGUUUCACUGGAAAUUUGUUCGAGCACCUUGUCGACAUUUUAUUUGUCAUCAUUCUUGUCGAGCUGGGCAAUGGCCUAAUGUAUUCGUUGGAUCGACAAUCAUCAAAGUACCAAACCAGGCUACGGUACACCGCCUACGGUACCGCGGUGGUUCUCUUCUCGCUUGCCCUCGCAUACUUUGGCCAUCCGACAGCAUCAUGGGUCGCAUAUUGGAACGGCUCCGAAAGCAACUCAAGCUACGCUCAACUCGCACAGUCCCUGAAGGUUGUGGGCAAACUCGGGGCGGCGUUUUAUAUCCCGUCGUGGAUCAUUUCCAUAUUUCAGAUUGGAUAUGCCUCUUUUGUGAUGCACAAGCACAAGGCUGGUGUGCUCACACGACAUGCGGCAAUCCUCUAUCUCACCAUUACUGUGCUAGAUUUCAUUCGAUGGACGUUCUUCCUCAUCCUCUACGCACAAUGGAUUCUCCCAGCUGGAUCCAGUCCCGCAUGGUGGGAUCUAAUAGACGCCCUCGGCAACACAUGGAUUCGGUUCUCACAACUCGUGAUGCUACUUAUUAUCGGUAUGCGAAGGAAGAAGGGAAUAUGGACGACACAUCAACCCUGGAUGGCAAGCAGCGUAUCAACAAUGGCUUCGACAGUGACGAAUGGCCCGUCUCCAGUCAUGGCACCCGGGGCCGUUUACCAGCACUCACUAUACCCGCACAAAGAAUACUCUCAACCAUCACCGACACAUCCAGCCUGGUAUAUGCCGCAGCAGGUGCCGUCUUGGCAGUACCACGAACUCGCGGCUCCUUCGCCAGUUAUUAUUGCUCCAAGGGAGCUCGAUGCAUCGAUGACGUACCAGUAUGCUCCUCACCCGAUGUUGGGACCGGGGUAUCUGGUAUUACAGUCGUCGGCUCAGAUUCAACAAAAUUAUCAGCAGCAAUUGCAACAACAGCAACAGCAGCAUCAACAACAACAACCACAACCAUCACAUCAUACACCGCGAGACUACCACUCUCUACCUACCAACCACCAACUUCACCAUCAACCUUCAUUUCAACUUCAGCAAUACAAUACACAAUAG